AUGGCUACCCCCAGUGUCCUUACCUUUGAUGCUGAGGGUCGUGCUGUUAACUUUGAGGUCUGGGUCGAUGACCUCCAGCUCUUCCUCCAGUGCGAUAGGGCAGACGGACUCUCUCUGUUGGAUCUCACCUCUCGUGCCUCUCUUGCCCCGCCUACAACUCCUGACAGCACUCCGACCUCGUUGGUUUCGAGUCGGUCGGCGCUGCGUCUGCCUCUAGCGAGAGACGCCGCACGAGCAAGGCGAAGGGAGGCAAGGGCGCUGGAGGGGCUGGCGGGGGCGGUGGAGGUGGUGGUGGAGGAAGUGGAGGGGGUGGGGGUGGUGGUGGGAGUAGUGGCGGGGGUGGAGGUGUCGGUGGCAGUAGUGGAGACGGACGAGGCGGCGGCGGUGGCGGAGGGAGCAGAGGUGGCGGAGGCGGCGGAGGUGGCGGAGGUGGUGGAGGUGGCAGAGGCGGCGGCGGAAGCGGUGAAGCUGGUUGCGGCUCUGCGCAGAGGAGCGGGUCCGGUGGUGGUCGGCCGCCUGAGGGACACAUGGCGUCACCAGUUCCCUGACGCCACUGAGAUCCCUCGCUGGGGUGAGCUAUCUAGGGCGGGGGUUCCUAUCUUUGACCUCGAUUAUGAUGCUUUUAUUGCUGCCAUGUAUGCUGUGUCUGAUAGUGUUGAGGGUGACUGUUACCUGUGUGUUCCGCCUGACCCGGACAUUGAGGCUGCGGCUCUAGGUGCUGGUGAGGUUGCAGCUCUCGGUGCUAGUGCGUCUGCUGCCCCAGGUGCCGGUGAGUCUGCCCUCUCAGGUACCACGUUGGCUCAGGCCUUACACACCUUCACCUUUGACUCGGGUGCUUCCCGCUCCUUCUUUCAAGACCGCACCACACUUACGCCGCUUAGUCGGCCGGUUGCCGUCUCCCUGGCGGACCCUUCUGGGGGUCCUGUCCUUGCUAGCUUCUCCAUAGUCUUACCAUGUUCGGCAGCCCCCUCUGGCACCCUGUCAGGUCUCUACCUCCCCUUGUUCUCUACCAGCUUGGUGAGUGGAGCUGAUCUACAGGAUAGGGGGGCUGACGAGUUCACUCCUGCGAGUUAG